GCUCUAGUGCUGACCGAAGAAGAAGAAGAAGUAGAAGAGGGAGAGAGGAGGAGGAGAAGAAGUUGCCAGCAUGGCGUUUACGUUGUACUCUCUCAUCCAGACCGCUAUUUUGUGCACUAAUGCAAUCGCUGUUUUACAUGAAGAGAGGUUUCUCAGCAAGAUCGGCUGGGGCGUUGACCAGGGCGUUGGAGGGUUUGGGGAUGACCCAGGAGUGAAAGCCCAGAUCCUCAAUCUCAUCCGCUCAGUCCGGACUGUCAUGAGAGUCCCAUUAAUAAUAGUGAAUUCAGCCUGCAUUGUCCUGUUGUUAGUGUUUGGUUGACAGCAGCACACCGAGUGCCAAAAUGAAGCCGGAGGACCAGAAAUGUGCCAAGGAACAACCGCAAAUACACACACACACACACACACACACACACCCUGAAACAGGACAUCCAGAGGGUGGAAAAGUUUUUCAUGCGGCUGACAUGGAAAUAGUAAAGUAUACAAAUAAACCUGCAGAGGUUCACAUCCAAUAACAGUCACCCUGCCCAAAAAAUAUGACUGUGGUGGGCAUCUUAACCUUCUUAUCAGUGUGACACCAAAAGGAUGAAACAAAAAUUAUUGCGAAAUUUUAAUGCCACACUAAAUGAAGACUCGUCAUCCAAACGUUUCAGUGUUUGUCCACACUUACAUGAUAUCAUAUUUGGGAGACUGUUUUGAUGGUUUUAUGAUAUUUGUCGUAUGUUGUCUCAUGUCACAAAUGAGAAACCUGUUAGAGAUGCGCUAUCAGCAGUAAGACUGGGAAAUAUGUAACUAUUUAUUAUUUGUUAUUGCAUUUCCAGGGCUAUAGCUUUGAUAGUUUUUCUUUUUUUAUUUGAGGUUCAGAAAUUUUUGAAUGUUACACAAAUUGUUUUUUUAUGGCAUCCUCCAAUUUGUAUUUUAGACAGCAUUGUGUAUUGUUGUGGCCUAAAAUGUAAAAGGGUUUAGUCUUUCACCACUCGCUUCUGUUUAAUUGCUAAAAUUAAAAAAAAAAGUUGACUCCUCAUAACAGUGCAGAGUAAUGUGAUGGGCAACAUCUUGUCUUCUCUACCAAAUUCUGAACUUUAAGCCUUGUUAGCUGAAUUUACACAUCGAUACUGUCUCAGUGCCAUAAACAUCGUUAGAGUGAUACUGAGAUGUUUUUCUUUUAUUCUUGAAAUAAAUUUGAGUCAUUUUAGUGACA